GGUGUAUUCAUUGUGUCUGGUGCAGAAUAGUGUAUACACAGCAAAAGUAUUCACUUCAAACAAGACAUAACCGAAUAUCAUGAUGAAAAUGAAGUAUGAUAUAUUGGUGGUAGUCAUUGUGCUGGGUACAAUGAUACUGGUAUGUGAAACUGAAACUCCUCCUGAAGCACGGGUACAUGACAUGGUACAACGAAGUGCUGGGAUGGAAUCUGAGCGUCCCCCUAUUGGACGAUUGCACGACAGAGUGGCACGAAGUACUGGGAUGGAGUCUGAGCGUCCUCCUGUUGGACGAUUAAACGACAGAGCGGCACGAAGUACUGGGAUGGAAUCUGAGCGUCCCCCUGUUGGACGAUUACAUGACAGAGUGGCACGAAGUACUGGGAUGGAGUCUGAGCGUCCUCCUGUUGGACGAUUAAACGACAGAGAGGGACGAAGUACUGGGAUGGAAUCUGAGCGUCCCCCUUUUGGACGAUUACACGACAGAGUGGCACGAAGUACUGGGAUGGAAUCUGAGCGUCCCCCUGUUGGACGAUUAAACGACAGAGCGGCACGAAGUACUGGGAUGGAAUCUGAGCGUCCCCCUGUUGGACGAUUACAUGACAGAGUGGCACGAAGUACUGGGAUGGAGUCUGAGCGUCCUCCUGUUGGACGAUUAAACGACAGAGUGGCACGAAGUACUGGGAUGGAAUCUGAGCGUCCUCCUGUUGGACGAUUAAACGACAGAGCGGCACGAAGUACUGGGAUGGAAUCUGAGCGUCCCCCGUUGGACGAUUACGACAGAGUGGCACGAAGUACUGGGAUGGAAUCUGAGCGUCCUCCUGUUGGACGAUUAAACGACAGAGGACGAAGUACUGGGAUGGAAUCUGAGCGUCCCCCUUUUGGACGAUUACACGACAGAGUGGACGAAGUACUGGGAUGGAAUCUGAGCGUCCCCCUGUUGGACGAUUACACGACAAAGUGGCACGAAGUGCUGGAAUGGAAUCAGAGCGUCCCCCUAUUGGACGAUUACACGACAGAGUGGCACGAAGUACUGGGAUGGAAUCUGAGCGUCCCCCUAUUGGACGAUUACACGACAGAGUGGAACGAAGUGCUGGAAUGGAAUCUGAGCGUCCCCCCACUGGACGAUUGCACGACAGAGUGGCACGAAGUACUGGGAUGGAAUCUGAGCGUCCCCCUAUUGGGCGAUUGUACGACAGAGUGGCACGAAGUACUGGGAUGGAAUCUGAGCGUCCCCCCACUGGACGAUUACAUGCAAUGUAAUCAUUAA